AAGUUUCUUCCUAUUUUAUUAAUAAAAAAUUAGAUUUAUCAUUAUUCCGCUCCCAGAAAAAUAUCUUCGGCUCAGGAGAAAGAAAGACUGUGAUCGAUGGCGGAGGGUGAAGUUACGGCUCCUCCUCGUAAAGUUCUCAUCAUAUCCGCUGGUGCUAGCCACUCCGUCGCUCUCCUCUCUGGAGAGGUUGUUUGCUCAUGGGGUCGAGGAGAGGAUGGACAGUUAGGUCACGGAGACGCAGAGGAUCGAUCUUCCCCGACGCAGCUAAGCGCCUUGGAUGAACACCAAAUCGUUUCCGUUACCUGUGGUGCUGACCACACCGUUGCUUAUUCACAGUCACGCUUGGAGGUCUAUAGUUGGGGAUGGGGUGAUUUUGGGAGAUUAGGCCAUGGGAACUCGAGUGACUUGUUUACUCCGCUCCCAAUCAAAGCAUUGCACGGUGUUAUGAUAAAGCAGAUUGCUUGUGGGGAUAGUCAUUGUUUGGCUGUGACUAUGGAUGGAGAGGUGCAGAGCUGGGGGCGCAACCAGAAUGGUCAACUUGGUCUAGGGAACACAGAAGAUUCUCUAGUGCCUCAGAAGAUUCAAGCCUUUGAGGGAAUACGAAUCAAAAUGGUUGCUGCUGGUGCAGAACACACUGCUGCGGUUACAGAGGAUGGUGAUCUUUAUGGAUGGGGAUGGGGAAGAUAUGGAAAUUUGGGAUUAGGUGACCGGAAUGACCGCUUGGUUCCUGAAAGAGUUACCUCUGCUGGUGGUGAGAAGAUGUCGAUGGUUGCUUGUGGAUGGCGGCACACAAUAUCAGUUUCUUACUCUGGAGCAUUAUAUACUUAUGGAUGGAGCAAAUAUGGCCAACUAGGACAUGGAGACUUGGAGGAUCACCUUGUUCCUCACAAACUGGAAGCGCUAGGCAACAGCGUUAUCUCUCAGAUUUCGGGAGGCUGGAGACAUACAAUGGCAUUGACUUCUGAUGGAAAACUAUAUGGAUGGGGUUGGAAUAAGUUUGGACAAGUAGGAGUGGGCAAUAACUUAGAUCAGUGUUCUCCUGUGCAAGUGCGAUUUCCCGACGAUCAGAAAGUAGUUCAGGUCUCAUGUGGAUGGAGACAUACCUUGGCUGUGACUGAAAGAAACAAUGUGUUUGCUUGGGGCAGAGGUACAAAUGGACAGCUCGGUAUUGGAGAAUCACUUGACAGGAAUUCUCCAAAUAUCAUAGAGGCACUGAGUGUUGAUGGAGCAAGUGGACAACAUAUAGAAUCUUCUAGUUUUGAUCCAUCUUCAGGGAAAAGUUGGGUGUCACCUUCAGAGAGAUAUGCGGUUGUUCCUGGUGAAACUGGACAAACUGAUAGUACAAGCAAAGGCAAUGGAGGUGAUAUCAGUGUCCCACAAACUGAUGCCAAGCGUGUUCGACUUUGAGCUGAGAGAAAUUUUCUUUUAAUUGUUCUUUUUGGCGUGUUUGGUCUCGAAGGUUAUCAAUGUACUAUGUCUAGUUUGAGGUUUGCUUCUUUUUUUUUGUUGCUGUUAGUUUGCCCGUUGUAACUUGUUAAUGCCUAUUUCCUCCUCUUGGGUUCUUUCGCCAUAAGUAAGAUGGAUAAGCCAAAUGUUAUAUGUUCAUAUUUCUCAACAAGAUAACUUCUAAUA